CGCGGGGGCCGCUGCCAGGAGGGGAGGCCGGCGCCGGGACCCGCUCCGGGACAGGACUCAGAGCCCCCUGCGCAGGGGGAUAUGGAGGAGGGGAUCUCCUCGAAGCUCCACGCCGAUGUGGAGCCCAAGACCGGAGUCAGGCGCCGGAGAAAGGGCGUUGGAAGGCACUGGGCUCCUGAACCCCGGGCCAGCGUCCUGAGGGGCAUUCCUGGUCUUUGGCAAGGCCCUCUGAGCCAGGCAGCCCCUGCAGAUGGCAUGAAAGAAGUUCACUUGGGCAAGGCCACCAAGCCCCAGGAGAGCAGGCCCCCCGGGGACACCCUCCGGGGUUACUGCACAUCCGAAGACAGUGACAUCAACAUCACCAGCGAGGAAGAGGACCACAAGGAGCAGCCGGUCCCAGGGCCCGGAGAGAAGGACAGUAGUGGUGGUGUCCUUCGGGCUCCUCUGGAGAGCCAGGCUGUGCCACCAGAGGGCCUUUGCUGCUACAUCUGUGGGUCAGUGCUGUCCCCCGCCUCCCAGCGCCAGAUCCACGUGCAGAAGCAGGAGAAGCUGGCUCAGGCGCCCUUCUUCCCCUUCCUCUGGCUGCACAGCCCGCCCCCCGGGGCCCAGCCCAUCAGCCCGGCGGGCAGCACCCUGGUGUGCUCCUGCUGCUUCUCUUCCCUCACGCAGCAGUGGCAGAGCUUCGAGCUGGCCAGCGUGCCUGUCCUGCAGCGGCUCUACGUGGUGCCCCUGAACAGCCACGCCCCCGGCAUGGCCUCCAAGGGCAGGAGGCUCCCCAGGGAGGAGGGCCCCCCCGCCAGGGCCCUGCAGGAGGCCUGCUACCUCUGCGGGGAGGACUGUACCCAGGAUGCCCGGGCAGUGCCCUCCAGGGCCCUCAACGGCAGCGCCAGGAGCGCCAUGCAUUUCCCCUUCCUCAGCCUCCUGCCCUGCCCGCCCAACGCCCGGGCCCCCAACAAGCGCUGUGAGGUGCGCAGCUGCCCCAAGUGCUUCAGCGUCCUGGAGGACGUCUGGGCCCUGUACCGGGCCUGCCAGAACCAGGAGCUCAUCACCUCCGUGCAGGGCUUCCUGGGCAGGUACCACCAGGCCUUCUCCGCCUCCGACCCUGCCGUCGGCGAGCUGCCCGCCUCUGCCCACGGCGGCCCGGCGUCCGUCUGCUACAUCUGCGGGGCAGAACUGGGCCCCGGGAAGGAGUUCCAGCUCAACGUGAACCCCGCCAGCCGCCUGGGCGAGAAGGAACCCUUCUUCCCCUUCCUCACCGUCUACCCGCCCGCCCCGCGAGCCAGGCCGGCGGACGCCACUGGUCUGGUGGCCGCCUGUGUGCUCUGCUACCAUGACCUGCUGGGUCAGUGGCUGCAGCACGAGGCCCGAGGUGCCCAGCACGCCGUCAGCGCCUGGGCUCGGCAGUACCAGGUGGAGACCUUCGUGUGCUUCUUCUGCCAGCAGGAGAAGAGGCGCUGCCUGGAGCUGAGGCCCGUGCGGGUGGCCAGGCUGCCCUUGUUCCUCUACACCCUGCGAGCCAGCCACAGCCUGCUGGUGGACGACGGGCGGCAGCUCAUCAUCGGGGCCUGCGUGGACUGUGGGACCCUGGUGUGCGCCGGUCAAGGGCUCACCCGCCAGGGACCCUCGGGCUGGAGCUCCCCGGUGGCGGCAGCGACGAAGGUCACCUCUGCGUCUCUGGAGGCAUCCGCAGCUGUCCGCCCUCCUGCCCGCGAGCCGGAGCCGCGGCCGGGCCCCCCGGAGGAGAGCCUGCCCAGAGGCCCCAGGCCCACCCAGGAGCUGAGGCCAGCACAGGGCCCGCCGAGUGGCCGGGACGGGGACAGACCAGACCUCUCGGGCACAGGCAUGAGCCAUGAGCCCAAGUCCCCUUCAUUAGGGAUGCUUUCCACCGCGACCAGGACCACCGCCACCGUCAACCCCCUCACCCCCUCGCCACUCAAUGGCGCCCUGGUGCCCAGCGGCAGCCCGGCCACCAGCAGCGCGCUGUCGGCCCAGGCCGCGCCGUCCUCCAGCUUUGCCGCUGCGCUGCGCAAGCUCGCCAAACAGGCCGAGGAGCCCAGAGGGUCAUCGCUGAGCAGUGAGUCGUCACCCGUGUCCUCUCCAGCCACCAACCACAGCUCCCCUGCCAGCACACCCAAGCGUGUGCCCAUGGGUCCCAUCAUCGUCCCCCCUGGGGGCCACAGUGUCCCCAGCACACCUCCGGUGGUGACCAUCGCCCCAACCAAGACUGUCAACGGGGUCUGGAGGAGCGACAGCCGUCCGGACGCCACCUCAAGGAGCAGCAGCAGUGGUCGGGAGCGCCUCAUUGUGGAGCCGCCACUGCCCCAGGAGAAGGCGGGGGGGCCCGCCAUCCCCUCCCACUUGCUCAGCACACCCUACCCCUUUGGCCUCUCCCCAAGCUCUGUUGUGCAGGACUCCCGCUUCCCACCACUCAACCUCCAGCGGCCCGUGCACCAUGUGGUGCCGCCCAGCACUGUGACCGAGGACUACCUGAGAAGCUUCCGGCCCUACCACACUGCUGAGGAUCUGCGCAUGUCCUCCCUACCCCCUCUUAGCCUGGACCCAGCCGCUGCCUACUACCACCCCAGCUACCUGGCCCCGCACCCUUUCCCCCACCCGGCCUUCAGGAUGGACGACUCCUAUUGCCUGUCGGCCCUGAGGUCCCCGUUCUACCCCAUCCCCGCCCCCAGUUCCCUGCCCCCGCUGCACCCAUCGGCUGUGCACCUGCACCUCUCUGGGGUCCGCUACCCGCCCGAGCUUGCCCACUCGUCCCUGGCAGCGCUGCACUCGGAGCGAAUGUCCAGCCUUAGUGCGGAGAGGCUACAGAUGGACGAGGAGCUGCGGCGGGAGCGAGAGCGGGAGGCUGACCGGGAGCGGGAGAAGGAGCGCGAGCGUGAGCGCGAGAAGGAGCGCGAGCGGGAGAAGGAGCUGGAGCGGGAGCGGGAGAAGGAGCGGGAGCGGGAGCUGGAGCGCCAGCGGGAGCAGCGGGCGCGGGAGAAGGAGCUGCUGACGGCCAAGGCGCUGGAGCCGGCCUUCCUGCCUGUGGCUGAGCUGCACGGGCUCCGGGGCCACACGGCCGAAGAGCGAGUCAAGCCCUCGGAGCAGCUGACCCCCACGCGCGCAGAGAAGCUGAAGGACAUGGGCUUGCAGGCGCCCCAGCCUGUGCAGCACCCCUUGCACCCGGUACCCACCCCACACCACACCGUGCCCAGCCUCAUCUCCAACCACGGCAUCUUCUCUCUGCCGGGGAGCAGUGCUGCCACGGCCCUGCUGAUCCAGCGCACCAACGAGGAGGAGAAGUGGCUGGCACGGCAGCGGCGGCUACGGCAGGAGAAGGAAGACCGGCAGUCACAGGUGUCCGAGUUCCGGCAGCAGGUGCUGGAGCAGCACCUGGACAUGGGCCGGCCUGCGGUGCCCACAGAGGCGGAGCACCGGCCUGACAGCACCAGGCCAGGACCAAACCGUCAUGACCAGGGCAGCCGCGACCCUCCACAGCACUUUGGUGGGCCUCCACCUCUCAUCUCCCCGAAGCCCCAGCACCACACCAUGCCCACGGCCCUCUGGAACCCAGUGUCCAUGAUGGACACUGCCUUGGAGACGCGGCGGGCUGAAAGCCACACUCUGCACAGCCACCCAGCUGCAUUUGAGCCCAGCCGCCAGGCUGCUGUGCCGCUGGUGAAGGUGGAGCGUGUCUACUGCCCAGAGAAGGCUGAGGAGCCCCGGAAGCGCGAGACUGCCCCCCUGGACAAGUACCAGCCUCCACCAAGGGAGGCAGGAAGCCUGGAGCCCCAGGCCUUCCCCCCAGGGCCUGGGCCCUUUCUUGCUGAACUCGAGAAGUCCACGCAGACCAUCCUGGGCCAGCAGCGAGCCUCCCUCCCCCCGGCAGCCUCCUUCGGGGAGCUCAGUGGGCCUUUGAAGCCUGGCUCACCUUACCGGCAUCCAACACCCAGGGGCCCUGACCCUUCCUACAUCUAUGACGAGUUCCUACAGCAGCGCCGGAGGCUGGUCAGCAAGCUGGAUCUGGAGGAGCGCCGGCGGCGGGAGGCGCAGGAAAAAGGGUACUACUACGACCUCGAUGAGUCCUAUGACGAGAGCGACGAGGAGGAGGUCAGAGCCCACCUCCGCUGCGUAGCCGAGCAGGCCCCCCUCAAACUGGACACGUCCUCCGAGAAGCUAGAGUUUUUGCAACUUUUUGGCUUGACCACCCAACAGCAGAAGGAGGAACUGGUGGCCCAGAAGCGGAGGAAGCGGCGACGGAUGCUGAGAGAGAGGAGCCCCUCACCCCCGGCAAUUCAGAGUAAGCGGCAGACACCUUCGCCGAGACUGGCACUGUCUACCCGCUAUAGCCCCGACGAGAUGAACAAUAGUCCCAACUUCGAGGAGAAGAGGAAGUUCCUGACCAUCUUCAACCUGACCCACAUCAGUGCCGAGAAGAGGAAAGACAAAGAGAGGCUUGUUGAAAUGCUCCAUGCCGUGAAGCAGAGGGCACUGUCAGCAGCAGUGGCAGACUCGUUGACAAACUCUCCGAGGGACAGUCCUGCCGUCUCCUUGAGCGAACCAGCCACACAGCCAGCUUCUCUGGAGGUGGAUAAGCCUAUUGGGGUCGCUGCCUCCUUGUCCGACAUCCCAAAGGCCGCGGAGACUGGGAGACUAGAACAGCUGAGGCCCCAAGAGCUAUCGAGAGUCCAGGAGCCGGCUCCUACCAGCGGUGAGAAGGCCAGGCUGAGCGAGGCCCCUGGGGGCAAGAAGAACCUGAGCAUGCUUCAUUACAUCCGGGGUGCUGCACCCAAGGACAUUCCUGUGCCAUUGUCCCACAGCAUCAACGGGAAGAGCAAGCCGUGGGAGCCCUUCAUGGCAGAAGAGUUUGCGCAUCAGUUCCACGAGUCGGUGCUGCAGUCCACCCAGAAGGCCCUGCAGAAGCAUAAAGGGAGUGUGGCUGUGCUGUCUGCAGAGCAGAACCACAAAAUCGACACAUCUGUCCACUACAACAUUCCUGAGCUGCAGUCCUCCAGUCGGGUCCCCCUGCCCCAGCAUAACGGGCAACAGGAGCUCCCAACUGGGAGGAGGGGCCCUUCCACACAGGAGAUGGACCCAGACUCAGAGGAGGAGGACGAUGGUGAGGAUGACGGUGAAGAGGAGGAGGAGGAGGAGGCCCCCAGGCGCAAGUGGCAAGGGAUCGAGGCGAUUUUUGAAGCUUACCAGGAACAUGUAGAAGAGCAAAACCUGGAGCGUCAGGUGUUACAGUCACAGUGCCGGCGGCUGGAGGCACAGCACUACAGCCUCAGUCUGGCAGCAGAGCAGCUCUCCCACAGCAUGGCGGAGUUGAGGAGCCAGAAGCAGAAGAUUGUCUCAGAGAGGGAGCGGCUCCAGGCAGAACUGGACCACUUACGGAAGUGCCUUGCCUUGCCCACCAUGCACUGGCCCAGGGGCUGCUUUAAGGGAUACCCGAGGUGACGGUUUCCCUUGCACUAGGCUGAACCUAUAGUAUAGAAAUAUUAUCUAUUUUAUUACCUUGAAUAUUUAAUAUUUUUCACUGGGAGGUUUGAAGCUUAAAAAAUGAGAAUGUGCCAUGCAUGAAGCAAAGGGUUCCAGGCUCCAGACGAAAAUGAACGCACUCACCUUGACUUCAGUGCAGUCGGAUCACCUCUUGUACUCAGCGAGCAACCACUGUAGGACGCCCAUGGUUUUUCUUUCCAAAGGUGGUUUUACUCCUCCUUCCCCAUCAUUCUUUUUUUAAUCUGGAAAUGAAGGCUCCAUUACCAACACUAAAACGAUACUGUUUACUGCCCCCGGUGCACGGGAUUGGAUCAGACCCGGCUGGUUGUUCCUCGUGGUGCCGUGUUACUGUGCUGCAAGAACCAGGCUUGCUCUUGCUGUGGCCCUGGAGUUGGCCCCGUUCCUACAAGGAGUGGGACUUGCUUCAGCUGAAGAGAAGGCUGGGUGCAACCUCAGUAAAGGGCUUAUUUGUUUUACUUUUCUGCAAAAUUAUCUUCAAAGCAACAGGUCCUAGGAGCACACAGAGCAAUCCAAGGCUUCUGCCUGGAAAUGCUCUCACCUAAAGAUAAACAGACCCACGACUGAAGGUACCUUUCUAUUACUCCAUGGGGGAGAAUGUACAGAGCUCUAUGUAUACAUAUAUUCACACCCACCAAAUUGUUACUGCAGUGGGUGGUGUUUUCAUACAAACGUAAAUUUUGAGAGAAAAGUCAAAGGUGCUUCAGCCUUGUACUGUGUAUAUAUAUUAAAAAAAAAAGUUUUGUAUGUUUUUAUUACUUUAAUUAUUGUUAUAAAAAGCCUGCCAUUUUUAAUAUGUGGUUUGGGGGAUUUUGUUUGUUUCUCCUGUUUGGGGGUUUUGUUUGUUUUGUUUUUUCUGGGCAAAAAAAAAAAAAAAACAACUUGCUUUUAGUGUUUGUACUGCUGCUGGUCAGGACAUUAAAAUAUUGAAGUGUUUUUAAAAAUUAAAGAAGAAGAAAAGUAAAAGAGCUUACCACUGGCGCCUAUGCGAUCACUUCAUUUUUGAGUUGCACCAGAAACCAAUGUAGAAAGCCAUGCGUUACACCCCCCACACACACAACCUCCGGCACUGGGCGAGGCAACAGCAGGCAGAGCAAACAGAACCCGCUGUUGGCAAGUGAGGAGGGGAGUCGGGGAGCAAGACAGCUGGGGUGGGUCAGCCACACACACGCACAGGUCUUCCCAGGAGCACCUUGCAGGAAGUGAACACUCUGCCCUAGCGUUCCGACACACCAGACAGCAGGUGGAAAGGAGAGAUCUCAGAGGCUUUAUCUAGAUGCAAAGCUUUGUGGAAGCCUGAAGUAGGGUCGACAGUGUCUGAGCUGAACUCCUUUUGAACUUACCAGGACAGGAACAGCGGGAAACCUGGCAGAUCCCAACCCCACGAAGCAAUGGGGUGCCACCCAGUCCUUGCUGCUGUUCCUUCAAGUACCUCUUGCAGGAGAGGGCCCUAACCAGAGCCUAGCUGUCCUGGGGGUGGACAGGGCAGGAUACCUGGCCUGGUCACUUGGUGCUGCUCUUGUGAGCACUGUUGGGCAGAGCAGCUUGUUAGUGGCUGCUGUCAUGCCUGUUUGUAUGCCUGCCAAGAACCUUCCAGUUAUUAGCACACUCGGACAAUAAGUGCCAGCAGUAUUGCCAGUCGUCAGGCACCUUCCUCCCCACAAAAUCCACUACAAGACAGUAAAGGGAGCCACAUGGUCCACAGGUGUGCAGAGGGAGCUACACAGCCAGCAGUCAGGGCAAACUGCCACUGAAUUUCUCUGCUUAAAAUCUGCUUGCCAUGUCAGGUGUCUGGGUGCUUUUGCCAGUCAACCUUGGUAAUGGCAUUGACUAAAGUAAAAGGGAAAAGUAGAUCUAAUUACUUAAUGGAAAUGCACAGCCCCACCCUGCACCUGAGAGGCGCUCCCUAGGUUGGACACUGAGGGGCAGUUCAUGGCAUGUAGAGCAGAGGAUAGAUACCUGAGCAGAGUUCUGCUGGUGCGAGCCAAGGUGCUGAGCUAGCAAUAUGGCCUGGCCCGCCUGCUCUCGUGCUCUGCCUCCCUGUUCUCCCGCUCGUGGAGACCUCUGAAGAUUCUUGUGCUCGAGAAGUAAUGUGACAAUCACGACCCAAGUACAAACCAGACAGUGUGCACAGACAAAGGCAAGGUAAGAAAGCAGCUCACAAAGGACGGCACACCACCCAGGCCGCGGUGGUCCUCCCACCCCGCACUUGGCCCUCUGCUCUGAAAACACCCAUUGUCAGAUGAUUCCGGGUGGACACAGCACAUGUCUGUCCUCACCUGGGCUAACAAAAACAUGCAAACUGAAGGGUCUUCUAUUCAGCCCUCUUCAUGUUUUUAAAAAAGUUGAGCAGCACAUCAGAUCUGCUCUAGAACUGAUGAUGUAACCUGUGUGUCAGUAUUUAUGUGAAUACCUCAGUCCUCCUCAGUUCCGUGUCUGCCAUAUCACCUGGAAGAGACAGCCGCCAUCUGUCCUGAUGGGGAAUUCACUAAACGCAAGGGACACCCUCUGAUGCUAGGUCAUGUAGUUCCACCUUUAACCAGAUAUUUAAAAUGAGUUAUUUCAUAUAAUCAGAGCCAAACUAACAAAACAGCCCCCAAUCCAUUCCUCUCAGAUAACAUGACCACAAAGACAGGAUUCCACAUCUUCAGUUCUAAUCUUAACUGGUACUCUCAUCAUCCUAGCUUGUACUCCUAAGGACACUGAGUCUCAAAAGGAGCCAACACCUUUAGCAGAAAGGAAAUGAAACAAGAAAUGUUAAGUUUGUAACAGAAUUUUCCCUCAAAGUAGCUCACAAUACUGCCAAAUUUCAAAAAGCAAGCUAAAUUUCAGACCAGAACAGAUCUGCCCCUUCCCUCUGAGCCACGUAAAGUGUAGACAAUUCCCAAGAUCCACCAGGAGAUGGAGAUGUUUAGCAGAUUCUGUUCCUUUCCUACAGUGCAUUAGCCCCUUGACUAGGAUCUCGACUCUGCCUGUUAACCAUGCUUUGACUUCAGGUCACUACUUGCAGUAGCCUGUCCCCAGCUUUUUGAUCCAGCGCUUGAUUGCUAGACUCUGCCUUGACCUGAGGAAGACAUGCUCGCUGGUUGUGUCACUUGUAUGUGCCCUGUGCUUCACUGCUAGGACAGCAAACCCAGACUCAGGCGGGAGGGAGGACAACAGUGCCUCGGUCACCCUGGGGGCAGUUUAGAUGCUGUGAAACUAAACCUGUUCUAAGUGUACUUGUUUGAAUUAACUGUAUUGUAAUAUUAUUUGUUGAAUGUAGUAAUUAGGUAUUUAUGAAUAUAUUGCUGUAAUUUCUGACAACAUCCAAAAAAUAAAAUCUUCCUAAAUCA